AAGAGUUCAUUGGUCCUCGCAGAGUUUAGAGCAUAAAAAAGAACCAUGUCUUCACCACCCACGCAGCAAAAAGAAGGGUCAGCAACCUCGGCACCACCAAGUACAGAUACAAAGCCUAAGAAGAAGAUUUGUUGUGCGUGCCCAGAAACUAAGAAGCUGAGAGAUGAGUGCAUCGUGCAGCAUGGUGAAGAUGCUUGCACCAAGUGGAUUGAAGCUCACAAAAUUUGUCUUCGGUCAGAAGGUUUUAAUGUCUGAAAAUGAAAAAUAAGAACACAUACACACUCAUAUGGAAAACUUAGAAUGAUAAAAUAAUUUUUGACAGAGUUGCUAUCAAUUUUAUUUCACUUUUGGGUUUCGAUUCAGAAAUCCCAAUUAUAUUUACCUUAUUUCCAGGAAAGUGGACCUAUGCUAUACUGCAGUCUGCAGUAAUUCACAUUUGUGCAGUAAUUUAAGACAGCUUUCAGUUUUCAAUUGGAAGUUACUUUGAAUUGAAUUUGUUGAAUAUUGGCCGAGUAAUUUACCAGUCA